UGCGCUGCAUGCAUGCUGCGCUGAGCUGCUCGCGCGUGGCUUUCUGGGAAAAUUUAUUGUGCGAAGAUGGCGUCAUCUGAAGAUGCAAGUGUGAAGGUUUAUGCUAGGCAAGAUCUGAGUGAGGGACACCGCUAUGGACCAUUCCGAGCCAAGCUUUCAGAGAUUGAGCCCGACCAAGAAGUGGAGAUGGGGCAGUGGAAGAUUUUCGAGCGUGAUGGGAAGAAAUGCCACCAGUUGGAAAGCAACGACUUCUCCAUCCCAGGGUGGCUGAGAUUCAUCAAGACUACAACCAGUGAAGAUGAACAAACUCUUACUCUUAUCCAGCAAGGGAAGGUCUACUUCUUUGAGGUAACCAAAGAAGUGAAGAAGGGGAUGGAGCAUGGUUUGUUGGGGAUCAAAGAUGAAGAGCCCCCUCUCCCUCCCCCUCCUGAUCCAAACAAGAGGAAGAGAGGUCGCCCUCGUAAGAUUAAACUCACUCCAGAAGAACAGGCCAAGUUUGAUGAAGAGAAAAACAGGAAGCUUGAAGAAGCCAAGGCUAAAAGGGCUCAAAUGCUUCUUGAACAAGCAGUUGAUAGCAGUAGUACCCUCACUCCUGGAAGAAGCAGAAAGUGUGUUGUCUGCGGAAUGAGGUUUGUCAACUCGGUUCUCUUCAUGAAGCACAGGAGGACAUGCGGGGUCAUCAAAGAAGUCGCAGGAGAGAAACUAGAUGAUGACGAAGAGGAAGGGGAAGAGGAGGUGGACGUAGGGGAGCGGGAUAUGACUGAAGAAUCGAUGGAAGGGAUUGAGAUGCAGGAAUCCACAGAGAUGGCUCGGUUGGCUGACGGUCUUGAGGAUGGUGAGGAAGGAGCAGGGCAAAGCAUUUUAGAUGUGGCACGGGAGGAAGAAGAGACAUUGGCAAGCUUAACAGAAGAAUCUGCAGCUCAGCCAAGAAACGAAUGGCUUCGUCCUGUAGCAAAGAGACCACGCGGGCGUCCAAGGAAAGACGGGCAGCCACCCAUAAUUCGCAAGAAACGUGGACGCAAGAAGAAGCGACGCAAGUAUGACGAUGAUGACGACUUCCUUGCGCGUGCCGUCCAGAAACGCGAACCUCCUCCUCCAGAAUGCACAGCCACGCCCGACGACCCGGAGAAGUACCCCUUCAGCUGCGAGACCUGCAACAACAACUUCCCGACGCAGUCCUGGUUUGAUCUACACUGCAUGCAGCACGAGGAUCCAAAGAUGCAGUAUCUGAUCUGUAAAGUCUGUGAUGAGGCCUUCAGGUUUCUCAUGACUUACAACACUCAUAUGACUGAGGUCCAUGCAGGAAUGAGCAAAAGAGAACAGACUUUGUCAGAGAAGUUCAGGUGUGAUGUGUGUAAAAGGGCAUUCAGGUCACCCAUUCAUCUAGAGAGGCAUAUCAGAAAGGCUAAUAACGCAGAGCCACCUCCUAAAGGACCAGUGCAAGUGAAGUGUAAGUUCUGUGAGAAGACAUUCACCAUGGAACAAGGGUUAGAGAACCAUACCAUUCGAGCCCAUCCUGAAUACCACAGAUACCAGUGUACUGCUGAUGACUGUUUGGAAACCUUCAUCACAAAGGAGGAUCGAGCCAGUCAUCUUGAAAGUUUCCAUGGUCUAGAUCCCUGUCACAUCUACAAGUGUCCCGUCACAGGAUGUAACAAGGCAUACACAACGGUUUCUUCACUCAACUACCAUUAUGCUCUCAGGCACACGCUGGAAAAGCCAUUUGCAUGUGAGAUAUGCGGCAAGACGUGGGUGAAGAUUGGGAGACUAAGAGAGCAUAUGAAGACGCACAGCACCGAGAAGAACGAGCUUUGUGACGAGUGUGGACGUGCCUUCAAAACAAGACCAGAACUCAAAGAUCACAAGCAAGAAGCACACACAGAUCUUGGCAAGGAGAAGCUUCAGUGUCGUUUCUGCACAGCAACGUUCAGCAGGCGAAGCUCAAGGUCAUAUCAUGAACGCAAGCAUCGCAACGAGACACCUUACAUCUGUCCCAAGCCAGGCUGUAACAAGAAAUUUGUGGCUGUGAUAGACUACAAGAGGCAUUUGAUCUAUCACACAGGUGCCAAGCUUUACAGAUGUCGCUACUGCAGCAACUGCUUCACCCGCAGCGACUACCUGAAGGGCCACGAGAAACGUCACGUCUUGCGAGGGGAGCAGAUCGACACAGCGCCCCCUAUAGAGGAAACAGUGACAAUCAAGGUUCCGUGGCCAAUGGAGAAGGCUGUGAAGAUUCAGGGACAGAACGUGGUGGUUUCCAUUGAACCUGACCCUACCUUGACCGACGGAGAUGUAACCUCGGAAGCGAUGAUUGCUCUUGAUAACCUCCAGCAUGUACCUGUUGAAAUUGCUUCUGAUGAAACUCAGGUUGUCCAUACGACAGAAUCAGGCGAUAUAGUCCAACAGGCGGCUCAACAGGCUAUGACUAAUGAAAUCCAGGGUACCCAGCUUCUCCAGUUUGCCGACGGCACCACCUUCGCCACCAACUCUGCUUCAGCGGCCAUCCAGGAGGCCGUAGCGCAUGCUCAGGCAGCAUCAACCAUGCAGGCGGAAGGUCACGAAGACAUACCAGAAUCUACGCAGGUGCUUCUUCAAGCCGCUGCUGCUCAGCAAGGCAGCGCCCUCUUGGACGGAACGGAGAUCACGAUGGAGGGAGCCACCAGCGAACAGGCUGCGCUGGUUCUGCAGCAGCUGGCUGCAGAGAACGCCCAGGUCAUCUUGCAUCCAUCAGGCCAGGAAGGUCUCUCAACCAUGCAGGCCACUCUACAGAACGAGAACGGAGAAACGAGCUACGUGGUGGUUAACCUGGCCACCCAACCCGACGGCUCCGUGACCGCCAUCUCAUCCGAAGAGGCUGAGCAGCUGGCUCUGCAAGCCGCCGCCAACGGAGGAACCCUCACCACGGAAGAUGGCAGCAUGAUCAUCACCACCACCACUGCGGGUGAUCUCCAGGACUCGCAGGGGACUCAGAUUGCCGUAGCCGAUGGCAACGGAGAAGAGAUUAUGGUGAUGUCGGAUGGGACCUCCAUGGUGAUGUCAAACGGAACCCUGCAGACGGAAGACGGUCAGGAGAUGAUGCUGGUCGUCCAAGAGGAAGAGGAGGACACAGCGGUAAGCGUUGCGCAUGCACAAGUUGAGGAAGCCCCCAAAGAAGCAGCAGAACCCUCGGAACAAGAAUCUGUAACGUUACAAGUUGGAGAUGUCUCAGAACAAGAGCGAACAGAAGCAGAACAAACGCAAGAGAGCCUAGAGUGAACCACCUUGGCAAACAUAUGUGAGGACCAAGCGGAAGCAGAGGCCAUAGCCAGCAAAUAUCACAAACGUUCAAGUUUAAAAGGCCCCCAAAGAAGCUGCAGAAGAAGGAUCUUUAAUGUUACAAGUUAUACCAUGGUCACAUUUGCUCUACGGCGGC